UGUGCACUGAUACACUGACAGUAUGGGUUCAUGAAGACUACAAAACAACCAUGUAUUAUGAGAGGAAGACGGAGAAACCACAUUAGACUUGCCAGAGCUAGUGGAGAGGAGCCAGUGAAGUGGGACAGUCCUUUGUACCUAUUGAGUCAAUGCCCUAGGCCUAUUACAACUGUGAUUUACUUCACUUUAGACAUCCAAUCUUUGGAAAAAUGAAUGUGUUGAUAAAUUGGUUAAGGAGCGUUUUACUGUGCUGGACAUAUCUGGUUGUCUUUCUCUCCAGCGCAACUUCAAUGAUUCCCAACCAGGAGCAGGUGCGCAGUAAAACCCCUAUGGGCCAAAAGGACACGGAUUUCGAUGAUGUAUUCUUUCUACGGACCAGAUCAAGUAGUUUCGUAUCUUCCUCGCAGCCGAUUCGGCCAUAUUCACUCUCGAUGAAUGAGGGGGAUUACCAUUACGCGCCGAAACCCAAACACCUGCGGCACAACCGGCUCCUGCGCAUUUUGGGCUCGUCUUUCGAUCCGUUCUGGAUGUCCAUAGAACGCCCAGCCGAAGCAAGGGUCGACACCGAUGCGUCUGGUGGUCAAACUGCGUCUCGUGGUGACCCGCCCGCUCCUCCCGCCUUACCAAACUACACCACCAACGAGGGGUUCAACUUCAGCGCGUCUCCAGAGCUGACAGAGGGUGCAGCGCGCUACCAACGAAAACUACAAAACGACGCAGAGGAUUUGGACUUGAGUGAACUUCCUGCAGACGUUGCCAGCACUCUGCGUGACUGGCUGGUCCGCUCGGCCACCUGUGGAAUGCGCUACCAGUGGGUAAAAUUAGCUCCAGUGUUCUGGCCCCGCUGGUUACGCCACACCGACUGCGAAAAAUCUGGUGGCUCGCGGAGUUGCUCUUUCCCUAGCGGGAUGGCAUGCCGGCAGGCCCAAACCACACAGAUAAAGAUACUGGCCUGGCACUGCUGGAGCAGCGAAGAGAGAGGCGGGGAUGGGUUAAGAGGGAUGGCCGGGAUCGACAGUGGAACUGUGGUGGUGGGGACAGGUGUUGCAGGCAGAAAGUGUUUGUGGAGGCAGGUGCCUUAUCCUGUGGUUACAGCGUGUAAAUGUUCAUGCAAAUAGUUUAUUUGAUCACUGUUAAUCACGAACAUGUAACCUAUUUGGGGUUGGCCUACAUUAGGAGAUAAUUUAUUUGAACAUCUGAUUGUCAAUUGUAGGCUUACGACAAUUUGUUUUGCAAUUGAUUAUCAAGUAUUGUUUGUCCAGCCUUAACUAGGCUACCUGUAUACAGUUAAUUCACUUGGGUUUUGUAAUCAACUUGUUUUCAUUAGUAUG